UUAUGGCCAUAGUUGUCGGUCCACAUAUUUAGAGGUUUCGUGGAAGCAAAGUGACAAAAAAGCAGGAAGGCGGGCACUGCAUUCUAGUGUCGUAUCUUGUAAAACCUCGACAAACGAAGUAGAAGGAUCGUUCUUUUUGUUUUGUGGCGUCGUUAGUUAACUGGUUUAUUGGAAAGUAAAGGUUCUAAUACGCUUUGUGUGGCUUUAGAAAUGAUAAUCGCAUACUGUGUCCUAUCUGUAAAAUGUUUACCGGUGUAAAGACGACCAACGUCGGAGAAGUUCUUCCGAACGAUGAAGAGUUGGGGCGGCGUAACUGCCGUUGGAGAGAGCUAGUACAUAAAUUUGAAGAUACUACUCAAAGCCAAUCAGAUCACAGCAUGGACAUCGAAACGGCCAUGGUCAUGCUCGAUCAGGAAAUGAGUGAUGAAAGCUCGGUCAGCGAUGUUGUUGAGGCUUCGUCCGAGGAGCAAAGCACGGAGGAGAACCCAGAAGAGAUUAAGCGGCAGCUCAAGGCGACGAUUCCAUUGCGCAAGCAAGGGUGGGAAGCGAACGGAUUGAAAGAAAUUCUGGACGAUAACGAAUUCCGUAUGCUAAGCCAUGAGAAGGUAGAGAACUGGUUGCGAAAUCAUAUGCACAGCAUCACCGGCCACUAUAACGUUCACUACCAAACAGAGCAGGUUACAACGGUAACGGAAACGCAAAUGGAUGCUGACGCAGAUUCACUCUAUUCCGUUGACACUGCCCAAUAUAUACGUUCGAACAAACAGAUUAGCAAUAAGCUCAAAGUGACAACCAUGAUCAAACAGUACUCGGUAACGAGUUCCGUGCGUCGUUAUACCAGCCUAAACCACAUACAUGAUGCGCAAAACGCCAAUGAGGAAACCACACGUUUAUCACUUCCACUGCCCCGAGCCCUUACCAAAUCGGACAGUGCGUGCGAUCUUAAGAAGGCUUUACCGCUGUAUGACUAUGCUCCAAGGCAAACGAUCGCUGCUGAUAAACACCACCGUCGAGCGAUUGCGCCGUCCUGCGAACCAACAACGGACCGUCGCAACAGACGAAAGGUGUUUAAGAAAACUAAUCCCCGUAAGAAACAGAUAACGUCGACGGACCGUCCACUUGGCUCUAGUCCAACCACGGCAAAGCAGCACCGGUACGAUCCGGAACAAGUGUACGCAAAAGCGUUAGAGCAGUGCGCACGGAUGAAGAAAACCAAACCAAUCUCCCAACGGAAGGUGUCGAAACGAUUCGCCAACCGGAUGAAAAACUCUUCAUCCUCCUCAUGCAGCUCAGAAAGUGACACUGAUGAAGUAUUCUUUGUGCCAGCCCGCGAACGACCACCGAUCAGUUCGCGCGUCAAACCUAUUGCUCAAACAGCCAAUGGCAUCAGCACAGAGCAGCCAAUGGCUGUGACACCACCGGAAAAAAAUCUUACUCCUAGCAAAACGUCUCCAACAGAACGCGAGCUUGUGGAACCGUUAGAGUCGAUCACGCUUAGCGUUUCCAAACGACAGCGUGCACAACCAGCAGGUCCGGUUGCUGCAGCGCCCUGUCUAUCGGAACCGGCGAAGAAACGGGUCAACAUACAUUGGGACGGUUGCUACCAUGAGCAAGGGUUGGUAAUCUAUCAGCCGAAAAUGAUUCACCCCGAUGUGCCCACCACCGACCGGAUUGUUCUGCGUAUGGAAGACCUCACCCUGACGGGCGUCACGAAGCAGCGCCAUUUGGACAAGUUUCGCGAGUUUGCCUGUCGCAUCCACCCAAACUCCACCGUUUGCUUCUAUCCGAGCGAAUCAUCCGAGGAGGAAAAUGACGCGGACGUUACGGCGACCGAUAACUCGUACGAUGAUGAUGAUCCCAUACUCACAUUUCGUCCGCAAAACAGCAAGCGGCUGAAUGUUGUAGAGAUUCCCCACCGUCGGCCUUUUACCUGAUUGAGAACCAAUUUGCUCAUAAUUACAUUGCGAACCACACUUGCGACGCAACCUUGAACUGAUCUACAAGACUUUGUGCACAAGAAUUUUUUGAAUCUUUAUACUCCACUCAACUCCAAGUUACGAGGUCAUCGGGAAUAAUUGAAGUAAAUCAAUUCACGUAUGUUGUAAGCGAAAAUAAUAAAAAAAACACACACUUUAUGUAUAUUAUGUUCGUAACAUUUUUCCUCGUUAUGUUUACCGAUUAACUGCUGAGGCUCCUUACAUACUCCGGAUUAAGGAUGCCUAUCGGCACUUUAUAUUUUCUUCAUACAAUAUCCGUCCCAGUUUAGACCGGGAUUGGCCGAUGACCAGGAUUACUUGUCGUCCCCCAGUAGUCACAUAUUGCCAGCGAAUAGUUCAUCCCAAGGCAGAGCGAAUAGCAGGGCGCAACGAGCACUUUGGCUAGAUCUGCUAACGCUCAACUUGUUGAAGGUCGAGUACAGCACCUAAUUUACUAAAUGUGUUAGACAACAACGUUGGACCAAGUUUUCUGGAAGCAGAUUGAUAACCUGACACAAUCUAAUCGACUGUGAUUGGGCCAAAAAGAGGAAGAAGACUUGUACAUUUUUGGUAGAGCCAUGGAAUUGAUCCACAAUGACUAGGUCAGCCAGUCAAGACCACCAGCGACAGUACAAUUAUCGUUCAUGUCGGCAUGUCAGCAUGAUUUUUUAAAACAAAGUCAACACAACAGCAGUAUAAAA